UCAUAUUCGAAACUCUCUCUCCUCUCUCCUCUCUCCUCUCUCCUCUCUCCUCUCUCAGUCGUAGCAGCUCCUUUGGACAAUCUCUUUAUCUCCGUCUUGCUUCUUUGUUCUGAUUUAACUCUGUUUUCAUCGCAAUUCUUCUUCGGUGUAUGCGCACAAUCUGAGAGAAUUCAUGUGAAUUAGUCGCCGGUGAUCGAAGUUGUUUCUUCUCGAUUUUGAGAGAUCUGGGGUUAUUUGGUUAGCAAUGAAGCGGAUUAGAGAUGACGUGUACUCCUCCGGGUCUCAAUUCAAACGUCCUUUGCCCUCUUCUCGUGGCGAAUCAUAUGUGCAAUCUCCAGUCCCUGGUGAUGGGGGAGUGAGCUCUCAGAAGUUGACAACGGAUGAUGCUUUGUCUUACUUGAAGGAUGUCAAGGAGAUGUUUCAAGAUCAACGGGACAAGUAUGAUAUGUUUCUUGAGGUUAUGAAAGACUUUAAAGCACAAAGGACGGAUACAUCUGGUGUGAUUGCACGAGUCAAGGAGUUGUUUAAAGGCCAUAACAAUUUGAUUUUCGGGUUUAACACCUUUCUGCCUAAGGGGUUUGAAAUAACGCUUGAUGAAGUAGAAGAAGAAGCUCCACCUAAGAAAACUGUUGAAUUUGAAGAGGCUAUAUCUUUUGUUAAUAAAAUUAAGAAACGGUUCCAGAGCGAUGAAGGUGUCUAUAAGUCUUUCUUGGAGAUCUUAAAUAUGUAUCGGAAGGAUGAUAAGGACAUCACUGAGGUUUACAAUGAGGUAUCGGCUCUUUUUGAGGACCACCUGGAUUUGCUUGAAGAGUUUACUAGGUUUCUGCCAGAGUCUUUGGCGGCUCAUUCAGCAGCUCAGUUAAUCCGGAGUCAGGCCCAACGGUAUCAUGACCGAGGAUCAGGUCCUCCUCUUGUGCGUCGAAUGUUAAUGGAGAAGGAUCGCCGACGAGAAAGGGCUGUUGCUUCUCGGGGUGACCGUGAUCAUAGUGUUGACCGUUCUGACCAUAAUGAUGAUAAAGCAAUGGUUAAGAUGCACAGAGAGCCGAAGAAACGAGUCGAUAAGGAGAAUAGAGAAAGGAGAAGCCGUGAUUUGGACGAUGGAGAAGCAGAGCAAGAUAACUUGCACCAUUUCUCAGAGAAAAGGAAGUCCUCCAGAAGAACUGAGGGCUUUGAAGCUUAUUCCGGUCCUGCUUCACAUUCUGAGAAAAACAAUCUAAAAAGCAUGUACAACCAAGCAUUUGUGUUUUGUGAGAAAGUCAAGGAGAGACUAUGCAGCCAAGAUGAUUAUCAGACAUUCUUGAAGUGUCUCAAUAUUUUCAGCAAUGGAAUUAUCCAAAGGAAAGAGCUGCAGAAUUUGGUUUCUGAUCUGCUUGGAAAAUUCCCUGAUCUCAUGGAUGAGUUUAAUCAGUUCUUUGAGCGUUGUGAGAGUAAUGAUGGUUUCCAGCACCUCGCUGGCGUUAUGAGCAAAAAAUCACUAAGCAGUGAAGAACAUUUAUCAAUGCCAGUGAAGGGGGAGGAAAAGGAAACGGAAACGGAAAGAGAACACAAACGCGACCUUGAUGCUGCUAAGGAAAAGGAGCGUUCCAACGACAAGUACAUGGGGAAAUCUAUUCAAGAGCUUGAUCUAUCUGAUUGCGAGCGGUGCACUCCUAGCUACCGACUCCUCCCAUCGGAUUAUCCAAUACCUUCCGUCCGCCACAGACAGAAAUUAGGGGCUGCUGUUUUAAAUGAUCACUGGGUUUCUGUCACUUCAGGAAGUGAAGACUACUCUUUUAAGCACAUGCGCAGAAACCAAUAUGAAGAAAGUUUGUUUAGAUGUGAAGAUGACAGAUUUGAGUUGGAUAUGCUGUUGGAAUCUGUGGGUUCUGCUGCGAAAAGCGCAGAAGAGUUGUUGAAUAAUAUAGUUGAGAAGAAAAUAAGUAUAGAGGGAUCCUUCCGGGUUGAAGACCACUUCACAGCCCUAAAUUUAAGGUGCAUAGAGAGACUCUAUGGCGACCACGGUCUUGACGUGACAGACCUAAUACGUAAGAAUCCAGCCGCUGCACUUCCUGUAAUUCUUACUCGUUUGAAGCAGAAACAAGAAGAAUGGACAAAGUGCCGUGAAGAUUUUAAUGCGGUCUGGGCGGAUGUGUAUGCGAAGAAUCAUUACAAGUCACUUGAUCACCGCAGCUUCUAUUUUAAGCAGCAAGAUUCUAAGAACUUGAGUGCCAAAGCGCUGGUGACUGAAAUCAAGGACCUGAAAGAGAAGUCUCAGGAAGAAGAUGAUGUUCUUCUGUCUGUAGCUGCUGGUCACAGACAACCCAUAAUUCCUCACUUCGAGUAUGAAUAUUUGGACAGGACUAUUCAUGAAGAUCUAUUCAAACUAGUACAAUUUUCGUGUGAGGAGAUAUGUUCUACAAAGGAGCAGAUCGGUAAAGUUUUGAGGCUCUGGAAAAGUUUUCUGGAGAUGAUGCUUGGUGUUCCUCCCAGGGCCAAGGGGUCAAAUUCUGUUGAAGAUGCAGUAGAAACCAAGCAUCACGGUGCAUUGACGAGUGGGGAUGUUAAUGUGAGCUCUGACUCGACAAAUUUGGUUUUGAGGCAACUAAACUUUGCUGCCAAUGGAGAUGAGUAUGCUUCAUCUGGGGUCUCCAAACAUGGCGCGAUUGGUCUGUUAAAGAGGGAUUCUUCAGCGAAAGAAAAUUGCAAGGAUGGUGAUCCUGCUAAUAAAGAUGGUGCCACCUGUUCUUCUGUUAAACCUCAGAAAGAUCAAGAAAAUGGAAAUGGAACCGAUAAACGAUCUGGAGAUGUUGAUGAUAGAGUAGCCACAUUCCUAAGUGGGGUAGAAAACAACAAUGGUAAAGUAGGGAGUGGAGAUUCGUCAGGUUCACGUGGCAUUUUAUCCAAUCAGGUGACGCUAUAGAGAACACUGACACCAUAGUUAUAGCAAAUGGAGUGCUGCCAGAUGCUUCUAAAGCCAACAGUAAUUAUGAUGAACCUGGUGGUCCAUCCAAUAUUGAGAAGGAGGAAGGUGAAUUGUCACCUAUUGCUGAUUCUGAAGACAACUUUGUUGUUUAUGAAGAUCGUGGUUUGAAGUCUACUGCCAAGCCAGAACAUUCCGUUGAAGCUGAAGGAGAAAAUGAUGAUGAUGCUGACGAUG